AGGGCUAGGUGGCUCGCGACUCCGGUGCUCUCUCCUCCACCGUGCGCGCUGGAAAACCCUAACUACGACGAGCUAAGGAAAUGAUCCUUGCUGAACGCCACCUCCUUCUCUCUUAUGAGCCUGGGGCCAUGAGAGGUGACCUGGUGAUAGUUACCAGCUGCACAGCUGAUUAAGUAGCGGAGGAGAUUAGAACUCAGUUCCUGGCCUCCCAAGAUUGUUAAGAAUGAGUCUGCGGAAGCAAACCCCUAGUGACUUCUUAAAGCAGAUCAUCGGACGGCCAGUUGUGGUGAAGCUCAAUUCUGGGGUGGAUUAUCGAGGGGUCCUGGCCUGCCUGGAUGGCUACAUGAAUAUAGCACUGGAGCAGACGGAAGAGUAUGUAAAUGGACAGCUGAAGAAUAAGUAUGGGGAUGCGUUCAUCCGCGGAAACAAUGUGCUGUAUAUAAGUACACAGAAGCGAAGGAUGUGAAGACACCAGGAGGAGCUCUCUUCACACUUGGAUGUACUUGAUUAUGAAGAGCUUGUUUUUUUGUUCUUUUACGACCCUAGUUGCCGCCUGUUUUCAUAGUGGUUGGUGUGGUUGUUUUUUUAAUUGACAUUUAAAUAAGAUGGAAGUGUUACAUUACAAAUCAAGUCUUAAAUGUUUCAUGUUCACAUUUACUCCUGUCUGUACAGAAUAUUAAAAUUAAAAAAAAAGCAAAAAUACUAAUA